GCAAUGGGCCGUCUCUUAUGGAAAACAAAUCAUUGCUCUUUCAACAAAAUACUCUGGUGCUCUGCUGCUCCAAAAGAAAUACAAAGACAUUGAGCCCACGGUGAAGAUGGAGGAGGUGGACGGAGAGGAACUGGUGAAGAAGUUUGCUGAGGAGAUGGAGGGCAUGCUGGGUAGGAAGAUGAAGUCUGUGAAGAGACUGGCGGAGGCAGCGGAGGACGCUGAUCUAUACCAUGAAUUCAACGCUACUUUACAGUUUGACUACUAUAACUCUAUGCUGAUCAACUCGGUGGAUAAAGAUGGAAACGCUAUCGAGCUGGGAGGAGAGUUUCCUCUGGAAGAGAAUGAACACUUCAACAAGCUCCAGGUCAACACUCUGCAGAGCGACAUACAGGUUCCCACCAACGUUUACAACAAAGACCCUGGUAUUCUAAACGGGGUGUACAUGUCGGAGGCCCUGAACGAUGUGUUUGUGGAUAACUUCCAGAAGGACCCUACUCUAACCUGGCAGUACUUUGGCAGUGCCACUGGCUUCUUCAGACUCUACCCAGGCAUCGCCUGGACCCCAGAUGAAAAUGGUGUCGUCACGUUUGACUGCAGGAACAGAAACUGGUACAUCCAGGCUGCGACCUCUCCCAAGGACAUCAUCAUCGUAGUGGACGUCAGCGGGAGUAUGAAGGGUCUCAGGCUCACUAUCGCCAAGCACACUAUUAACACCAUCCUGGACACACUAGGGGAGAACGACUUUGUCAACGUCAUCGCCUACAGCGACUAUGUCCAAUACGUGGAACCCUGCUUCAAGGGCACCCUGGUCCAGGCUGACCUGGACAACCGAGAGCACUUCAAGUUGCUGGUUGAGGAGCUCCAGGUAAAAGGAGAGGGGAAAGUCAAGAAGGCCAUGAAGGAAUCCUUCAAAAUCCUCAAUGAGGCUGCAUCGUUGGGUCAGGGCAGUCUGUGUAACCAGGCCAUCAUGCUGAUCACUGACGGAGCCAUGGAGGAUUAUGAGGAAGUGUUUCAGGAGUUCAACUGGCCAGAACGCAGGGUGCGUGUUUUUACUUACCUUAUUGGUCGAGAGGUGACCUUCGCUGACACUGUGAAGUGGAUUGCCUGCAACAAUAAAG